AGUGAGAGCGACUCAUUCUCGCACAAAUUCUGCUCACCGCUGCGCACCGCCAUCUAUACGGCACUAGCCGAAGCCCGCAUCAGUAAGAGCAUCGUUACCGGGAGAGUUUAUUGCGGCAAAAAUGUCACCUUGCAAAAAGUGCCAGAAGAAUGUGGCAGAUUCCGACAAGAUUUUCUGCCGCGGUUUUUGUGGUGCAGUGUUCCACAUGAUCUGUGCCAAGGUGGACUACCCACUGCUCGACCAAUUAGCUCUGUACGAGGGAAACAUGUUCUGGAUGUGUGAUACCUGUGCGGCAAACUUUGCAAAUCGCAUUUUCCCUGCGGAUACGUUUCGCCCUGCUCCUGCUGCUAGCGGUGCACCGGAUGCACUGAGCUCGCUUCAAGCGGAUGUGUCGGAGCUGAAGGCAGCGAUCCUAUCCCUUACGGCCAAGAUCGACAAGCAACCGAGCCAGCGGCCGACCACUCCGUUAAAACCGCGCGGUUUUAAAAACGGCUCGCAGUUCGCGCGGACCCCAAAGCAUCGCAGGAAUGGAACCGCUGUGGGCGGCCCGGUUACGUACGCUAACUGCGGACGGGAACCAAAAACGCUCAACGUCACGAUGCAAACGGUGGACAUUUCCGACGAGGGAGGCGAUGAGCUGCUUCACCUGUACCUUUCGGCAUUUGAACCAACCACCUCCGAAGACGAUGUCGCCCAGCUGGUCCGUGAAUUUUUGGACAUGGAAGAUUCGCCGAAGGUCCAGAAGCUGGUGCCGAAGGGGAAAGAUUUAUCCACGCUUUCCUUUGUAUCCUUCAAAGUCAGCGUCAGACCGGAACUCAAGCAAGUCGCUUUUGCGCAUGGUACGUGGCCGGAAAACUUCACAGUCCGUGAAUUCGAGGGUAGGACAAAAAACGUGGUCACGUUGUCGGGGAAAUCGGCGGUGAUAAAGCCGCUGGUGGUAACGGGCAACCCGAUAGCACCACGGCUGGAGAGCGGAACGGAGGACAUGGACACAUCUACAACCCCCAGCGGACCUCCAGUUGCAGUGAACUCGACGUCGGGCUAA